UAUUGGUUAGCUUUAUGUUUCAAAUGAAUAUUUCUUCUCCUUUAAUUACAGCUAUAUUUUACCAGCCAACAUAUAGUAAGUCAUAAUUUGUGAAUACGACGGAUCAUUCAAAUAUGAGGAUAUAUUUGGUUGCAUGCUUGGUCGUGCAGUUGCUGAACGUCCAUGGUCUAAAUGUCUUUGACCUGGGCUCUUCAUCAUCUUCAUCAUCACCAUCAUCAUCAUCGGAAGGCCGAAUUAGCUUUAGCCUGUCGGACUUAAAGAGAAGCAGCAGCAGCAGCAGUAGUAGCAGCAGCAGCAGUAUUGAAAGCAGCAGUAGUAGCAGCAGCAGUAGCAGUAGUGGCAGUAGUAGCGAGGGUGUGCAGAGCACCAGUACUGAUCCUCACUGCAGUCUGUGUAGCAGUAUUUUAAGUAGUGACGACGACAGCAGCAGCAGCAGCAGUAGCAGCAGCAGUAGCAGCAGUAGCAGCGAAGGACGUUUAAAUGACGGCGAUAUUGUUGGCGGCGGGACGGGCGAUAAUGGCGGUGCUGGUGGUGCUGACGGUGGUAACGGCGGCGUAGGUGGCGGCGGCGGACAGGAUUCUGGCCGUAUGUUUGUUUCAUUAAGAAUGUUUUACGAAUCCUUUAACCAAUGAUGUGAAUUAUGGAUGCAUUCAUACAUGUUGUUAUAAUUGGAUGGGGUUUAACAAGCUUCUAACGAAUAUGUUAAAAUAAAUCAAAAACAAUAUUACAUCGAAACCAAUAUUUUAAACACGAUUUUUUGGGCUUAAACUAUUAGUAAAAUUGGUAAGCCAGCGGCCGAUUUCAAUUGAAACAAAGAACAAAAUGCUUAUGCUAAAAAUGCUAAAGUCUAGCACACCCACUCGAUAUAUGGUAUAUUGUGGUUGUGGGGGAAAUGACGUUCACGGCGUAGCACCCCAUUUAUCGCGUGUAUCAAGGACAAUAAUUUUACAAAUGAACGUGUGUCAAGUGUUUUGCUCCUGUAGCUUCGUGUUAUGUCACUCGUCAUGUUCGUAUUCAAAUGUACAUAUAAAAACGAUUAAAAAACUGUGUUUU